AUGUAUGCUUUAUUCAAUAUAAAUAAUACUCAUAUAGUUUCAGGCCACAAUCUAACAUUUAACCAGCAGUACUCAUAUAGAAUACCAAAUAACACCUAUGGAGUUGCUCUCGGUGAUUUCAAUGGUGACAAUCGCAUGGAUCUUACUGUUUUCAGUUACUUUGAGAAUUGUUUUUACAUUUUUCUUGGCUACGGUAAUGGAAGCUUUGGAUCACCAACGACUUUCAUAACUCGCACAAAUCCAUAUGUAGGCAUUGUCAGCGACUUCAAUGGAGACAGUCACGCAGAUAUAGCUGUCAUUCACCAAGGUAAUGAAAGUGUAGGCAUCUCACUUGGUCUUGGUGAUGGUACUUUCCUUCCGCAAAAUACUUUUACGGUUGGCUUUCUUUCGACUUCAGUUUGUGUUGGAGAUUUUAAUGGUGAUCAUCAUCUUGACUUGUUGGUAGUCAACUAUGGUGCUAGUACUGUCAGCAUUCUUCGCGGUUAUGGUAAUGGCAGUUUCGCGUCCCAAACCUAUUUUUCUACAGCCUUUUAUCCAGAAUUAGCUGUUGUAGCUGAUUUCAAUCACGAUAAUCGUUUAGACUUUGCUGUCACCGGCUAUGGAACUAAUAGUGUCGGCAUAUACCUAGGCUUUGACAAUGGCACUUUUCGGGCGCCAACCUCUUAUUCCGUUCAGGGUAAACCGUUCGGGCUGGUCAUGGGUGAUUUGAACGGUGAUCAUCAAAUGGAUUUGGUCGCGUCGAAUUGUGAAAACGGUACGAUCAGUGUGUUAAUUGGCAAUUGCAACGGCACUUUUCGAGCAGCAGAUUACUACAUAGUUGGAAGCUGUUCGAUUAGCCUCGUAAUGGGUGAUUUGAAUGGUGAUACUUACUUGGACGUCGUUGCUCUCGGAUCCUUCGCUAAUUAUUUUACUGUAUUUCUCGGUGAUGGAACCGGAGCUUUCUUCGCAUCAUUGUCUGUUGUUACAGAUGACUAUCCGAUGUCGGUGACUCUCUAUGAUUUUGACAAUAAUGGAGGACUUGAUGUCGUGGUUGCGCACGCCUGGGGUCAUAUAUCAGUAUUUAUGAACACAUUUUAG